GUUGCUGUUACUGUUGUUACUGUUUAUAAAGCUUUCCAACGUUCUGCGCGGUAUUUUGAAAAUUGUGUUUAAAAGCAGUAUUGCCUCUCUGUAGUUAGCAUGCCUAGGACUUGAUUAGUGUUGGCAACGCCAUAGAUCAGCUGUUUGAUUGGCAGCACUGGCACCUCUGCUGUAACGUGAAAAAAUGAUUUGUUUACUUUUGCGGCAAUCGCGCAUUUCUUGCAAAUUAAUAAGUAAACAAGUCAUAAAGCCCGCCGCUUACACAUCUCACCAUGCUCUGCACACAACAAAUCUGCUUCAGCAUGGCGAGUACGAAUGGCAAGAACCCAAAUCUCCUGAUGAAAUUGUAAAUAUCACCUAUGUGGACAAGGAUGGAAAGCGCGUCAAGGUACAGGGAAAAGUGGGCGAUAAUGUCCUGUAUUUGGCACACCGACAUGGCAUUGAAAUGGAGGGAGCCUGCGAAGCCUCGUUGGCCUGCACCACUUGUCAUGUUUAUGUGCAGCACGACUAUCUCGAAAAGCUAAACGAGGCUGAGGAAAAGGAGGAUGACCUGCUGGACAUGGCACCAUUUCUACGUGAGAACUCCCGCCUGGGCUGCCAGAUUGUGCUGGAGAAGAGUAUGGAAGGAAUGGAAUUGGAGCUGCCGAAGGCAACUCGUAACUUUUAUGUCGAUGGGCAUAAACCAAAGCCACAUUAGCAUCAAAUUGUUAAUUUUGUUGUAAUAUAUACAUUAACGAAAUAAAAGAUUUAAUUUUUA